ACAAGUGUGGAAAGGUCCCCAUCGCACAUGUAUAUAUAUAUAUACCGUUAAAGCAUUCUAUUUCCGAGUCUUCUUUGUGGGGGUAGUCCCACAGAUAUCUUCUUUUCCUUUUGAAGAAAACACAUGGCCUUGUUGUAUAUUUCUCCCUGUUUCGCGCGCGCCUACCAGUUCCAAAUCGUCCAAGCCACGGAUGUGAAAAUUGUAUUUUUAUGAGGAGAAAAAAAAGUGGUGAAUAUUUUUCUUUUUAAAUCUAAAUCUUUAGUGGAGGGAAAUUUUUCCCCCGAGUUUUUCAUGGUCCAGAAGGAAAAUAGAAAGUGGAGGACGCCAAGCGUCGAAUUUUCUUAGUGCAACAGGACUUAAAAGGAAGAAAAAAAAAUGAUUCCUCGAAAACGACUGCAGGGAUUUUUGUAUAUUUUGCAAAUUCUCUACGUUUUUGGAAAUGAAAUUAAAGAAACGAAAUUUGAUAAAAAUCAAUUGGAUUCGUUGAAUUAUGAUAAUAAUAAUAAUAAUGAUUCAUAUUUGAAUUUUUUGACAUUUUCGAAACAAGACGAGACAACGCAAAUUUCUUUAGAUGAAAAUAUUAUCUCCGAUGAAUUUGACGAUGAAUUGAAAAUCAAUCAAAUCGAAUUGGAAAAUGAGGAUAUUAAAUCUCACAAACCUCCAGAUGUUCCUAUGGAGAAUUUGACGAUAAUUAACGUCACUACAGAUUCAAUAACAAUUUCAUGGGAUGUGAAAGAAGAUAUUGUUCCAUUAUAUACAAUUGAAUGGGGCAAAAAAAAUUCCAACAAUUUUUUAUCAAAAACAACAGAGCUUUCUAUUUAUAAAAUUACAAAAUUACAAUCAUGCUCAAUUUAUAUAAUUAAAAUUUACAAAGGAAAAAAGGAUCCCAAAGAUGAUAAAAAGCCGCAUGAGACAAAAAUUCUCGAAUCUUCAACAAAUGCUGCUGUUCCUAGCGCAGUGGAAAAAUUAAGUGUCGAAGCUGGGGAAACUUUUUUAAAUAUUUCUUGGCUAUUGCCAUUAAAAAAUAGUGAAUGUGUGUCAAAUUAUAGUGUAAAAGUAAUUGAUGAUAUGAAUUUUGAAAAAAUUAACAUAACAGCAGACAAACUUUAUUAUAAUGCCGAAUAUCUUCAACCAUGCGCAAAAUAUAUAAUUAUUGUUGUUGCACAAGGCAAAGAAAAUAUUGGAUUUUCGGAGAAAAGUAUUAUUGAAAAUACAACAAAAUCUGUUGUUCCUGAUAAAGUGUUAAAUUUAAAUGUAAAAACAAGUGAAACAACGGCAAAUAUUUCAUGGGAUUUGCCAAAAAAUCAUAAAUGUAUUACACAAUAUAUAGUGGAAAUUUUUGACAGUGGAAAUAAUUUAAUUUCACAACAAGGAACAAAAAUAAAUUCAUUUCUUGUUGAAAAUCUCAUGCCUUGUAGAAAAUAUAAUUUUAUUGUUAAAGCAGAUGGAGAUAGUGGAUUAUCAGAGGGAGAAAUUGUAACCGAAUUUACUAAAUCCUCAAAAUUUAAUGAAGUGAAGAAUUUAACUACAAUUGUUAAGGAAACUUCUGUCAAUAUUUCGUGGACAUCGUCUGGAAAUAAUGAAUGUGUAAUUCCAUAUUUGAUUUUGAUAUUUAAUUCCACUAGUGAAAGAGAAGAAAUUGUUUAUAAUGAAACGACGAAAAAUAAUUAUUUUAAUGCAAUUAAUCUUUUACCCUGUGUAAAAUACACAAUUGUCGUGAAAGUAUUGGAAAAUUCCGAAUCAUCGAAAGAAACAAAUGCCACUGUGAUUACAAAAUUAAUCAAACCAAGUAAACCGAGAAAUUUAUCCUACAUUCGAACAACGGAGAAAACAUUAAAAAUUGUAUGGUCACCACCUGAAAUUGGUGCAAGUUGUGUGAAAGAAUAUCGAAUUACAUUAAAUACUAAUGUUCCUAAAUUAGCUGUUCUUACGAAUACAACAAAUAAAACUGAAAUAUUAUUUGAAAAUUUAUUUCCCUGCACAUCGUAUGCAUUACAAAUUAAUGCAGUUGAUAUUAAUAAUGGAGAUAGUGAUUUGGAACGAAUUUUAAAUACAAAGCCAACAUUACCGAGCGUUCAUCCAAAGCCAAUAAGGGCAAAAUCUCCAACAUAUACAAAAGAUUCAAUGACACUUUAUUGGAAUAUUGGAAAUGAAAAUAAUUGUACAGUAAAAUCAGUUAUUGUUCAUUGUUACUAUAGUGUCAAAGAAUUUGAAGGAAUUGGCUAUAAUCCUGUUAAUGGAACGGGAAAUUCAUCAUUAAUUAUUAUCGAUCAUGUACCACGUUAUUUUGUUAAUGUUGAAUUAACAAAUUUAACUCCAUUUACAACUUAUGAUUGUAAUGCAAUUACAAUAAAUGAAGCGGGAGACAGUAUAGCCAGUGAUUCUAUUAAUGUCAUAACCGAGGAAGAUGUGCCUUCUGCGCCACAACUCAAUGUAACUGAUGUGACGGAUUUGGAAUAUUCAUUUGAAUGGAUUUUACCGGAAUAUAUACCGGGAAAAAUACUAAAUUAUGAAAUUGAAUUCAUGUGGGAUGCAUUGUAUCCCAUACCGGAUAAAUGUAAUUCUUUGAAAAAUAAUUUGACAAUUAUCGAUGGUUCAAUGGUAAAUUAUACACAUCAGAAGGGUUCGCCUUUUUCGCAUUAUGAGGCGAGAAUACGAGCUAAAACAAGAGCUGGUUAUGGAAGUUACAGCGAAUCAGUAUUUUUCACCAGUGAAGCUGGAGUUCCAUCGAAAGUGACGAAUUUUACUUAUAAACACGAGGGAAGUAAAAAUGAUGCUAAUAUUUUGAGUACAAUUUUACAAUGGGGUCUACCAUGUGAAUUAAAUGGAAUUAUUGAAUAUUUUAAUAUUUCUGUGCAUGGCGUCAAAAAUGAAUCUAUACAUAAUUUUACACGAAUACUCGAAACAGGAAAGGAAAUUCAUAAAGACGAUGUAUUUAUGGUUGAUCUUGAGGAAUUGAAACCAUCAUAUUAUUAUACAUUUAUAUUGACAACAAAAGUGAAAAAUGUCACUGAAUUAGGAGCUGGCACUACAUAUUAUACAACUUAUCCCGCUGGAAUACCAGAUCAACCGGGUGUUGAGUAUGUAAAAAUGUUAACAAUUGAUCCACAAAAAGCAAUAAGAACAACAACUUCGGCAACAGUUUUAUUGCCACUAUUUCCAAUGACAAAUGGAAAUAUUAAAUAUUAUGCUGUUAUGGUGUCAACGACGGGAAAUAAUAAAGGAUCAAGAACACGUUAUGAAUUAAAGGGCAAUGAAUGGCCAAAUUCAUCAUGUUGGCAAGAAUCAAUGGUUAAGGAUUUUUCAAUUCCAUAUCAGGCGACAAGUCCUCAAUGGAAUCCAUUUCCAAGUUAUGUGAUUGAUUAUGGUCACAUAAAAGCAGUGAAAUUUGUUCUUGGACAGGACACGGAUUGUCAAGAACUUUCAGUUAAUACGGACUCGAGACUUUAUUGCAAUGGUCCCCUGAAGCCAGGGACAUUUUAUGAUGUUCGAAUGAGAGCAUUUACUGAUGGCGGUUAUUCGGAUUCUCCUAUUUUUGUUGUCAAAACCAACGCUGAAUUAAAUAUUCCGAUAAUAAUUGGCAUUGUGAUUGGAAUCAUGGUACUUGGAAUUUUAACGACAAUGAUGUUGUUAGUUAGAAAAUGUUCUCUACACGCUGUUCUCCGACGAUUUUUGCAUUCGGAUUUGCCGGGAUCUCCGGUACCAACGCCAUUUACGAGGAGAAAAUUUAUCAGUCAUUGUCAGCAACUCGCUGACAAUCCUGGUAAACUCAGCUGUGAAUUUCAGUUACUACAAACUUUAAGUUUGGACCUUCAAAUGCCAACUAACGCCGCAUGUCUUCAGGCAAACAGAAAGAAAAAUCGUUAUUCCGACAUUUUACCCUAUGAUUUUUCCCGAGUGAAAUUAGAUGUGAUUGAUAAUGAUCCAAACACGGAUUAUAUUAACGCUUCUUUUAUUACCGGCUAUUCCGGUGAAGAUGAAUAUAUUGCAUGUCAGGGUCCAAAGGAAGAGACAACAUAUGAUUUUUGGCGAAUGAUUGAUCAAUAUGAUGUGAAAAUAAUUAUAAUGUUGACUCAACUUUUUGAAAAAGGAAAGGAAAAAUGUCAUCAAUAUUUUCCAACAAUUCGUGAAACUUUCACGUAUGAAAAAAUGUCAAUUCGCUGCACAAGUGAAUUAGAUUUUCGCACUUGUACCCAAAGAACGUUGGUUUUGCAAAAGGACGAGCAAAAAAGAAGUAUAAUGCAUAUGCAUUUUAAAGAUUGGCCAGAUCACGAUGUACCUGAGGAUUUUGAUCCAAUGAUUAAUUUUUGUCAAAUAAUGCGUCGGCACAUUACGGCCAAUAAGGGACACGUUGUAAUUCACUGCAGCGCUGGAAUUGGAAGGACCGGAACAUUAAUAACAAUUGAUAUGCUUUUACAAAGUAUGAGAGAUAAUAGAAAAUUGGAUGUUUUUGGAACAGUUUAUCGAUUGCGAAGACAUCGAUUGAAUAUGGUUCAAAGAGAGAGUCAAUACGCUUAUAUUUAUAAUUGCGUACGACAAGUACUUAAAAAUCCCUACAUUCUUAAAAAUUAUAAACCCCCGCCAAUGGAUUUAAUUAAUAAAAAUAGUAAGAAGAAAAAAGAUUCUGCUAAUUCGAGUCUCAGAUUAGUCAACAGUUUAGAUUGGAGGAAAGAUAGCAUCUCACUUUCGGCUGAUUCAAUGGAGCCAAUGUAUCAAUCAUCUCCGUCUUCAACGCUCGAUACUCCAAAAAGUAAUGGUCAUCACAUUGAAGGUCUCAGAUGCAGUAAAUCAAUGAGUGCUUUAGAUCCAAAAAUUCUAGAAACUCGCGUCGUUAAAACAAGUAGCCAGGGAUAUGUGACUUAUGAAUCGAUAAAAAAUUCAUCUUUUGGCUCAAGCAAUGCAAGUUUAAGCGCAAGCGAUUUACAAGGAUCACGAAAAUCAAUUUACGAAAAUGUUCGUCCUCUCUUUCGAUCAAAAUCAGAUCAAUUGCUCGAUGUCAAUGAUGUUUUUAUGAGUGGGAUAAAUUAUUACGAAGCCAAAGAAGAAAAUUUGGAAAAAGAUACAUCUCUCUAAAAAAAUAAUUUCAUGAACUUGAAAGAAGCGACAUUUUUUGUGAUAAAGUCUCGAGCUGAACGUGUUAUCAGUAAUAAAUGUGAUUAUAAAUCAAUAAUCAUCGCAUGACUCUCAAGAAAGAAAGAAAGAAAGAAAAAAAAUUUACCAAAGCAAUAUUUUCCUUUUUCUUUCUUUCUUGAAAAUUUCAAAAUAGAACAAAUUUUGUAAAGUAACAAAAAAAUGCUGAUGAUUAUGACUUAAUUUAAUCACAAAAAAAGGCUGUUAAUAAUAGGAAAUAAAAUAAAAAAUUUGUAA